AUGUCUGUUCCUAAUGUCCCCAAACCUGGGCCUGCGCUCCUAACCCAGCGGGCUGGCCUGCCGGAAUGGCUUGAGGAGGCUAAGCAGUGUCAUUACCUCCCCGAAACCGUCAUGAAGCAGCUGUGUGAAAUGGUUAAGGAGUGUCUCAUGGAAGAGUCGAAUAUACAGCCAGUCACUACACCAGUUACAAUAUGUGGAGAUAUUCAUGGACAGUUCUACGAUCUCCUCGAGCUAUUCCGCAUCGCAGGUGGCAUGCCAGGCGAAACGAAUGUUCAGAAGCCAACAACACAGACCGCGAUCAUUACCUCUGAUGAUAUUGAGCCUCCAACCGAAAUCACAGACCCCAAAUUAAAGAAGAAGAUUAGAAGUUCUGAUAGCGGCAUCGAGAGUGCCAGUGGAGAGGAUGACGAUGAUGAUGAACCUCGCGGUCGUCCAAGGACUGCUGGUCAAGGAAGUCGUGCUGGGAGCUCUGGAGGGGACUCGGCGAUUGGGGUUAAUAAUGAGGUUUCGGGAUCAGGAAACCAGAACUUCGUCUUCCUAGGUGACUUCGUCGAUCGAGGUUACUUCAGUUUGGAAACAUUUACUUUGCUUAUGUGCCUCAAAGCAAUGUACCCCGACAAGAUUACGCUAGUUCGUGGUAACCACGAAUCCCGCCAGAUCACCCAGGUAUAUGGAUUUUACGAAGAAUGCCAGCAGAAAUAUGGAAACGCUUCUGUGUGGAAGUCAUGCUGUCAAGUUUUCGAUUUCCUGGUUCUGGCUGCGAUCGUUGAUGGCGAGGUUCUCUGUGUGCAUGGUGGUUUGAGCCCGGAGAUUCGAACAGUCGAUCAAAUCCGAGUGGUUGCACGCGCACAGGAAAUUCCACAUGAAGGGGCUUUCUGCGAUCUAGUCUGGAGUGAUCCUGAAGACGUGGAGACCUGGGCUGUAUCCCCGCGCGGUGCGGGGUGGCUUUUUGGCGACAAAGUCGCCACUGAAUUCAACCAUGUCAACGGCCUAAAGCUCAUUGCUCGAGCUCAUCAACUCGUCAACGAGGGUUACAAGUAUCAUUUCGCUCAAAAAUCAGUUGUCACUGUAUGGUCAGCACCUAACUACUGCUACCGCUGUGGCAAUGUAGCAUCCAUAAUGAACGUCGGGGAGGAUCUUACUCCAAAAUUCAGCAUCUUUAGCGCCGUACCUGAAGACCAACGAGCUGUCCCAGCCGGGCGCCGUGGUGCUGGGGAGUACUUCUUGUAA